AUGGAUGAUCCAGAUACACAUGAGAAAGUUUAUCAAUUAUCUAGAUAUUCACCUGAAACUCAACUGAAAAUGAAAAUAGCUCUGUUUAUUCGACAUGCGAAUAUGAAUAAAACAAAUAGAAAUGCUUUACUUAAUCUUAUUCGAGGAAUAUCCGCUAUAGAAAUUCCAAAUAAUUGUGAUAAAUUUUGGAAUGAUUUAAAUGUGAAAUUUUCAUAUAAAACAAUAAUCUAUUGUUCAUCAUGUUUUAAAAAAUUACAACAUAUCAAACAAAGAUGUUCCAAUCAUGAAUGUCAAAAUCAAAUGCACAAAAUUAAUUCAGAAUUAAUAUUAUUUGAUGUUGCCGAUAAAAUCCGUUCAAUUAAUAUUAAAAACUAUCAUCUUAUAAAAUGGUAUCAAGAAAAUCUUGAAAAUGGUCCGCCAUGUGACAUUUUAUUUGGGAAUUUUUAUCGAACUAAAUCCUCGAAAAAUCGUUUACGUUCAAUGUUAUCAACAGAUGAUAAACCAUUAACUAUAUCAACUAAUUCCUCUACUUGGCUUGUAGUGGCUGCUCUGGCAGAGAUACCUCAUCCUGUGAAUCCUGAUCGUUUAUUAUCAUGUAUUGUUCAUAAUCUUAUGGUUUUACAAAAUGGUGGUUUAUUAAUUGACAUUGGUGGUGAAGGUUUGACACGAUUCGAAGUUGAUGUUUUGAUUAUUGGUGAUGAUCUUCCUGCACACGCAAAAUUAUUCUUACUAAAUCAAUGGAAAACAAUUUUUCCUAAACCAGUACAUAUGCAAAUGAAUCGGUUUUUACUUAGCAUCAAAUAUCCUCACACCAUAAAACGACAUCCUGUUGAUAUAGAAUCUACUGGCAAAUGGAAAGCAACACAACUACAUGUUUUCCUCUUAUGUAUUGCUUUAUCUUUUGCUGUUCAUUAUUAUAUACCACAACCACAUCGUCGUCAACCACCUGCACAAACAUUUACACAGCCCUCAACACCAACACCUGCAGCUGUUCUUAAAAAAAAUAAUGUAGAAGAAUUACGAACUCAACAAAAUUCAAUGAUGAAAGUAUUAGAUAAAAUAUAUGAAGCACAAUUAACAAUAUUAAGUCAUCAAAAGUUUUAUAAUGGAAUUAAUUUACUUGAUUCAGAACCUGCUAUUGAACUAACUGCCCUUCUCUGCUCGUCAAUUCGUAAGCUUUAUACUAAUGAAGAAAUAGCAACGCAUACUCAAAAUGAUCUCGUCGAAUUUGAUGAUGAAGUAGUUCCAAAUCAUGACAACAAUAAACGUAAUAAAUCAUGCGUGCAUAAUAUCGCAGAACCAGGUGUAACAUCAUUACCAGUUCAGCAUCGUCAUCUGAUCGAUAUUUUACUUGAUCGACCAACCGUUGAUGGAAAAUAUAGAGCUGCUGUUCCUUCUCAACUAGUAUCAUUACAAAUUGAUCCAUCUGAUCUUGAUUAUUUUUAUUAUUUACUUGUUGAUUCUAAAUUAGAAGCAACGGUUAAUUCUUCAGAAACACCACCUAGACUAAAUUCGGAUACAAUGGAAGAAAUGAAUGGUAUUUGGGAAUAUAUAUGUGUGGUUCUUCUUAGUCCAAAACAAAAUGCGUCAUUUUUGGUAUCUAUUUCGUGUUUAUGCUGUGCAGCUGAUAACAUUAACAAGGAUCCAAAAAAAGAUAAUUUUAUUGUGAGAAAUGUUCAAGUUAAUGCACAAGGUGAAUGUCGCUAUUCAACGGCAUUAGAUCAGAUUCUUAAUGAAGUAGAUCUUGAAGAAGAUGAAAUUGAAAAUAGUGUCAGUGAACAAAAUGCUACAGAUGAAACGUCGGAAAAGUUAGCAUCAUAUUCGACGUUUCUUGGCCGCAUACGCUAUAUUGGUCGGGUUAUUUCUUAA